GCCCCAGCAGAGAAGCUGAGGUCAUCAUCAACUUUGAAUUAUUUAAAGUGAAUACAAAACUAUCUCUGCCAUGCAGACAAUUAAAUGUGUUGUUGUGGGCGAUGGUGCUGUUGGUAAAACAUUUCUCCUGAUAUCUAAUACAACAAAUAAGUUUCCAUCAGAAUAUGUACCAACUGUUUUUGACAACUAUGCAGUCACAGUUAUGAUUGGUGGAGAGCCAUAUACUCUUGGACUUUUUGAUAUUGCAGGGCAAGAAGAUUAUGACAGAUUACGACCACUGAGUUAUCCACAAACAGAUAUAUUUCUAUUUUGUUUUUCAGUGGUUUCUACGUCUUCAUUUGAAAAUGUGAAAGAAAAGUGGGUGCCUGAGAUUACUCACCACAGUCCAAAGACUCCUUUCCUGCUUGUUGGGCCCCAAAUUGAUCUUAGAGAUGACCCUUCCACUACUGAGAAACUUGCCAAGAACAAACAGAAGCCUAUUACUUCAGAGACUGCUGAAAAGUUGGCACAUGAUCUGAAGGCUGUCAAGUAUGUGGAGUGUUCUGCACUUAUACAGAAAGGCCUAAAGAAUGUGUUUGACGAAGCAAUAUUGGCUGCCUUGGAGCCUCCAGAACCGAAGAAGAGCCGCAGGUGUGUACUGCUGAACAUCUCUUCAGAGCCCUUUCUGCACAGCUGGUGUCGGCAUCAUACUAAAAGCAAUGUUUAAAUCAAACUAAAAUUAAAAAUUAAAAUUUGUUUCUGCAA